AUGUCAUUCAUCCAAGGAAAAAUCCCUGAUGACAUGAAGGCAGCAAGGGUCAUUCCGAUCACCUUCUACAUCAGUUAUUUGGCUUACUACAGCAGAGAUAACACCGAACCAAUUUCCAGAAUCCUCCACGCGGCCUGCCCACUGUGUGACGAAUGCUAUUGCCUGGUUGCCGCGAGAGACGAGUUCCUCGCCCAUCUGCUACGCGAACACAAGUUCGUCAUAGGUGAAGUGCACCAGGUUGCCGACAUGAGACGAUAUGUAGAGUACUGGAAGGAGAAAUUCCAGGUCAGUCCCUUGACCGAAUUCUGUGGUGUCAUCAAAACGAACAGCAAGGAAAACUAUCUAGGGCAGGAAGAAUACUAUUUCUUACUCUGUGACGUAUUACCAGAAGAUAAAGAACUUCGUGAGAAGUUACAGAGAAAGAAGCUUGAGGAUGUUCUGAUUCAGCAAGAGAAAGAGAGGACAAACUCCAGCUUCAGUCGUGGCUGCCUAUUCUGCAAGAAUCAGUUCUCGGGAUCACGUGGUCGACAAGAGUUGCUGAAUCACAUGGCACAUCUGCACGGGUUCAGUCUGGGCCUUCCGGACAAUCUAGUUUUCACAGACGAGCUUCUAGACCUGCUCCAAGACAGAGUUACAAAGUUGUACUGCCUGUGUUGUGAGAAGGUUUUUAAGGACAGGAUGGUGCUGAAAGAACACAUGCGCAAGAAGAAACACAAGCAACUCAAUCCAAACAAUCCAGAAUACGACAAAUUCUACGUUAUCAACUACAUG